GGGGGGAGGGGAGGCGGGCAAGAUGGCGCCCGGCGAGUGAUUCUCCCCAGAUACGUCCAGCGGCCGCGGAGACACCGGGGCGGGGGGUCGUGCCCCCGCUGUCGCCCUUCCUCCUCUCCCCCGCCCCCGGAGACCCCCUCCUCUCCUUCCUCCCUCUGCCUCGGGGUGGGGGUGGGGGGGCCGGCCUGGUUCCCGGGACACCAUGUCGGACUCUGAGGAGGAGAGCCAGGACCGGCAACUGAAAAUCGUCGUGCUGGGGGACGGCACCUCCGGGAAGACCUCCUUGGCUACAUGUUUUGCUCAAGAAACUUUUGGGAAACAGUACAAACAAACUAUAGGACUGGAUUUCUUUCUGAGAAGGAUAACUUUGCCAGGAAACUUGAAUGUUACUCUUCAAGUUUGGGAUAUAGGAGGACAGACAAUAGGAGGCAAGAUGUUGGAUAAAUAUAUCUAUGGAGCACAGGGGAUCCUGCUGGUGUAUGAUAUUACAAAUUAUCAGAGCUUUGAGAAUUUAGAAGAUUGGUAUUCUGUGGUGAAGAAAGUGAGCGAGGAGUCAGAAACUCAGCCGCUGGUUGCCUUGGUGGGCAAUAAAAUUGAUUUGGAGCAUAUGCGAACAGUAAAACCUGAUAAACAUUUACGGUUUUGCCAGGAAAAUGGUUUUAGUAGCCACUUUGUCUCAGCAAAGACAGGAGACUCUGUCUUCCUGUGUUUUCAGAAAGUUGCUGCUGAAAUCCUUGGAAUCAAGUUAAACAAAGCAGAAAUAGAACAGUCACAGCGAGUGGUGAAGGCAGAUAUUGUAAACUACAGCCAGGAGCCCAUGUCGAGAACAGCUAACCCUCCUAGGAGCUCUAUGUGUGCAGUUCAGUGAGCGCAGCUGGCUUGGACGCCCAUGGGCCCUGCCGCCCCCUCCUCUGUGUGGGCCCGGUGCCUCUGGGGGCUUGUGUCACCCACGGCCAUCCCUGCUGUCCUGUGAGCACUUUCCUCCCAGCUCCCUCAGCCAGCUGCAGGCCGUUCCCUGGCCUGGAGGGAGCUCCACUCCUGGACACACACUCGGAAUCCGAAAUGAAAGCCCCUCUCUGGAAUCAGACUGCUCCACUGAAAAAGAGUAAUGUCGGCUCUCUUUGCGUUCUCCCUUCUUUGUCACCUGAUGUAAACUUUUGUAGACAAACCUGAAAGCCACACAAGUCUGGAUCAGCAGCCAGGAUUUGGCCACAGCGAGGUGUCAUUCUCUUAUCGGAACUCCUACCUGGCAAAGUAGCGUCGGAGUGCAGACAUUUAAACAAGUAACAUAUUUUAUCUACAGAUACUUCAGAAGGCAUUCUUUUGCUAUCUCUUGUGAGUGAAAAUAUCUAAAGUUGUAUCUAUCUGAAAAUGCUUGAAAUAAAGCUGUAAUAGAUAUAUAUUUUCCAUUUUUUAAAAAAGGGCCUAAAUUGUUUAUAUAGUAGCUAUAGCUCACAAAGUAGUGAGUAUUUGAUAUUGUAUUUUUAUUACUGUAUCAUGGUCAUGGUGUAUUGUGUACCACGCAGGUUAGCUGGCUCUAUGAAUUUGGAGAACUGCCCCACUGUGCCGCACGCAACGUGGCCUGGCAGACUGUGCAAGAGCCCUCCCAGAACCAGUCACGACUGUUGUUGGAUCGUUGUGGGGUUCAGACGUUCUUCUGCAAAUAAACUUAUUUCAGUUA